AUGAAGCUUGCAAGUUUUGCUUUGGCAGUCUGCCCUACGGCGAAGUAUAUUCUGGAGCUGUUGCCCAUGGCAGCACGAGCCUGUACGUCGUUGAACGGCAUUCUCAUCCCAUGGAUUCUGAUGUCGGAAAUCCAAGAUCAAGGUUUCGUCGUCGGUGGCGCACAAUACUUGGCCGUCACUUCGAACCCAGUCUUUAUUGUCCCGUAUGUGUCGGAACACUUCCGAGGCCCAAUUGCUUACAUAUCUGCUCUUUCUGCCACAACAACUAGAGAAGAGCUUCAACAGGCCAUCAAUAACUCUUUGAGACAGGACGAUAUUUUCGUCGAAGGCUUUCUCAGAGACGUCCUUGUCAGCGCGAGUGGCCCUAGCGAGCUCUAUGUCUCGGUCAUAAAUUACCUCGAGGGUCUUGGAUCAAGCGUUACCUAUUUCAAUGGCGAUGGGCCGAGCACCUGCGGCAUUUCAACACUGACCCCCUGUCCUUUGUUCGGAAUCACCGAUGGUGAUGAGCUCAGGCUAAGCAAAGUCCAAUUGCUGUAUCCCGAUACAUACAGAACCUUCGUGACUGAUACCUACGAGUCGAAAGGUACCUACAAGUCCUUCGCCUGGGCCGAAGCAAGCUGGGGAUGUCAGCGCAUCGGUGUCAAGGACAUCUACGAUAUAGAGGGCGUGCAGACGACGGCCGGCAGUCAAGCAUAUGCCGCACGGAUCGUUGAUCUUGGCGGAUUCCUUGUCGGCAAGCAGAAGACGGCGCAGUGCGCUUCCCCUGCGCACGCCUGGAACUGGAAUAAUGCAUACUACCCCCGGAACCCCCGGGGCGACACUUUCUUGAGCUUCUCUGCCUCCUCAUCGGGAGCCGGCUGUUCUAUCGCCGCCUAUGACUGGUUGGACUUCGCCAUCGGCACUGAUACCGGUCUGUCCGUGAGGCAGCCAGCCGCGUUCUCCGGCACUUACGGCAACAGACCCUCUCGGGGUAUGAUUCUCAUGGAGAACGUCGUGACCAAUGCACACAACACCGAUAUCGUGGGAGUCUUCGCUCGCGGCCCUGCAAAGUGGGCUGCCUUUGCCAAGGUUUGGUGCGAUCCAUCACUCCACCAGCACACCUCCCUGAACGGCCUGCCUGCGCUGUCAUUGCCCGACGAUCGUAGCUUUCUGAAGCGUAUCCUCUAUCCGGUCGACCAUCUCCCACUGCAGAACCCUGCUGCCGAGACCAUUCUUCAAAUGUUUCUGGUGGAUGCAUCGGCAGUACUAGGUGCGACUGUGGAGCACUUUAAUCUGAGCGCGACCGUCGAGGGAGUGGCGGGCCGACCCUUAUCAGAAGUCCUGGGUGAUCUGAGCGUUCUUUGGAUACAUGAUUUGAUCACAGAGACCGCCGAGCCCUUGCUGGCCAAAUACGCGCCAGGCUUCCCCCCACUCGACAAGCCGUACCGCCAGGUCUUCCAUUCUUCUAUCGCCGAUGACGUCGUGUACAAGGCAGCCUAG